AUGAGCUCCUCUCCUUUCCCUCAACUGCUCAGACGAGCGAACAUCGCCACAUACGAUCCGCUCAUCACUCGAAUAUACACCUCCACGCCAUCUUCCAAAUCUCAGCAUUCCGACUGGGGACUGAAAUUCUCCGUACCCAUCAAGAAAGGACCGCGAUACAUCAAGUUCAACUCGUUGGACGCCGGACCUGGUGUCAAUUGCGAUUGGAGAUCUGGUGAAAGGGAAGCUAGGUUCAUACAGGCGUGGGGAAACGGAAGUGUCAGAUGGACGAACGAAGAUGAGAUACCGAAAUAUCUAACCAAGAAACCGAGUAUAUACGGAUACGAUAUCGAUUCUCUGGUUGAACUGGAAGAUGAUAACGAUCAUAAUAGCAAGAAAGAAUGGAUAAGAGACGUCGAAUCCAUGUCGGAAGAAGAAUUCGAAUCGUAUCUUGAAAAUAUCAGAUCGGAAAGAAAAUCUUAUCUAUCUGAAAAAUUAAAUGAUUUACCAAAUUCAACCAAAGAAUCUCUCGUUUUACCUGAAGAUGAAACAUUGAUUCAUCUAGCUAUCAACGGUAAAAUAACUUCGACAUCAACAUUAGAUUUCCAAUCUAAAUUAACUUCAAUAGAAUUGAAAGAAAAAGAUAAAUUACAUUCUAAACCACAUCGUGUAAAUGGUUUAUCUUACAGUAAAAAACCAACUUCGACCAACGAAUUUACACCUUUGGGUAAUUCAUUAGAUAAAAAAGGCAGAGCAUUGAACAAAGUCUCAAGAUACGAUGAUGCACAUCAAAGAGGUGGUGGUGGCGGUGGAUCGAAAUUCCUGAAUGCAAAUUCGUCAAGAGGUAAUAAUAAUCUACCUUGGGUAAUCGGUUUGGGUGGUGUAACAGCAAGAACCAAUAAUCAAAAUAACACGACAUCAAAUAUCAGGAAUAAUGAUAAUAACAAUAUAGAUGAAACGGAUUACACUAGAGUCAAUCCAGAUUCAGGUGUAGGCAAAUUUAGGAUAUUAAAAGCACAAAUGUCUUCUUCACCUACUGUUUUAGCUAUAAAUGAAAGAAAAGGAGGUCAAGGCACAGGUGGUAGAUUAGGUGGUAAAUGGAGACAAUCAACUGCCAAUCAACCUUCGCCUCUAGAUACAUUUAAAUUUGAUAUUGAUUUAUCAAUAACUUCUUCAGCGGAACAAAUACCAGAUGAUAUCGAUUCUGCUUAUACCAACACCAAUACCAACACCAACACAAAAAUAAAUAAUGUCGAAAUUGGGUCAAGAGAAUGGGUAGGGAAUGAAGAUAAAUUAAAUUUAUUCGAUAAAUUCCAAAAUGAAAUCAGAGCCGGUGGACCAAAGAGAUCAAGGGUUAAAGGUGAAUCAUUAGAGAGAUUGAAAAUGAGAGAAACUAAAGAAGAGACGAUGGAGAAAUUGAAUAGGCUUUUAGGUAGAUACAAGGUCAACAAGCAGGAAGGAGAGAGUAAGCAGUAG